CAGCUGAAACCUCCAACGAGCACCCACCUCCGAGACCACCCUCAUGUUCCUGCCGAGCACCAAAUUCUGAAAACACUGUCAGAGAGCUACAAGGAAGGAGUUCAUUCCCAACAUGGAGGGCGUAGCAGUGGACAACCUCAUAGACUUCGACCUUCCCUCAGACGCCACAGCUCACAGUGAGGAUGGAGGCCAACACCAGGGUCAUACAGACAUUUUCUCCCAAGACCCGGCUUCCUCUGUGGGAGUCCAGCAGCAGCCUCUACUGCCCGAGCCCAUGGCGCCCACCAAGUCCAGCUCACACCACCACCGCCACCACCAUCACCACCAAGAGGAGGGAGAAAACGAGAGCGAUGCCACAGAGUCGGCGGACAGCGAGAACGACAUGGACCCUCCCUCUCAGUGGGAGCUGAGACGGUCAUCGUCCUCAUCGGCUCACAGCGGGGAGGACGCCGAUGCUGAGACUGUGGAGAGGCGGCAGUUCAUGAAGGCUUAUGUGGAGAAAGUGUUCCAUGGAAAGGAGGACUUUGACCAGGAAGAGAAGGCUCGUUUUGGAGAGCUGUGCAGCGGAGAGAACGGCAAAGGAAGGGAGUGGUUCGCCAAAUAUGUCAGCGCACAGCGCUGCCACUCUAAAUGUGUGAGUGAGGCUACCUUCUACAGACUGAUGCAGUCUUUUGCAGUCGUGCUGUUUGAAUGUUACCAGAUGGAUGACUACAGCCCAGCCAAAAACCUAAUGACUAUGUGCUUCACAUAUUAUUACAUUGGAAAGUGUCAGCUGUCUCCCUCGGAGCUGCUGGAUCGUGGCGGUCCUCCAGUUGCUCUGGACUCAUACCUGAACAAGGCCAACUCCUGGCUGUCUGGGAAGAAGGAUGCUGCUGAACGCCUCCUUAAAAACACAUCCAAGACUGACGUCAAGGGCUUCUUUGGAGGCCUCGAGAGCAAGCUGAGGAGCUCAAUGGCUACAAAGACAGAGGAUGAAGAAAGUCCAGUUGAGACAAAGCCCAAAUCACCAGUGUCUGAGUCUGCAGAGGAAAAGAAAGGGGAAAAGGUGUACCUGUAUACCCACCUGAAGCAACAACCCAUCUGGCAUACACUAAGAUUUUGGAAUGCUGCAUUCUUUGAUGCCGUCCAUUGUGAGAGGAAGAAGAGGUCACCAACCACAAGGGAGAAGUGGUGUCAUAUGACCCAGGAGGAGAGAGAUGACAGCUCCAAAAUCGAUGAGAACAUCGCCUUCGGCCAACUGGGGACAUUCACUCACAACAUGCUGGCGUUUGGGCUCAGUAAGAAACUCUGCAAUGAUUUCCUGAAGAAGCAGGCUGUCAUUGGGAACCUAAAUGAAGAACAGUACAAGUUGCUGAGCGACCACAUAGAGAAAAUGGCGUCAGAGUGAGUUUGAGGACAACGAGUCCUCCACAUGACAGACUGACAGCUCCACACAUCAGCAGUUUCUUUUCAGCUCAACAUCACAGUGACCGAGUCUACAUUUGACUGUUGUAGCGUUCGGGUGGUGCACUGCUGAAAAAACACCAUGACUUACUGUUGUGAACUGUGCCGUAAAUGUAGCAAACCCUGUUUACCCAACUCGGUAGUGCUCCUCCGCACCAUAUUCUGUAUCCUAUAAGGCCUCCGUCUGUGACAUGCUUCAGGAAAGCUAGAAGCAUCAAGUGAAACCAUCCAGUAUAAAACCUUAACUCGCCUCAGUGUGGUGUUAGACACUCUGGAUUUAUAUAUGUUUUAUUCAGUGUUUCCUUGGUAACCAUAUUUAUUACAUGUAACAGCAUCUGUUGAAACACUGGACUAAGUAUCAUCCGGCUUUGUUGCAGUUUGUAAAUGUCUAUAUAUACAGUUAACAGCAGACUUGGGUAUAAUAAUACAUGGCAAUAAGUCAGUGUUUUAAUCUACUGUUCAGGUGGCAUUGGGUCAGUUUUUGAUCAGGAAGUCAAUAACUGAAUACUCUAUUAUGCUCAUCUGUGCUUUCUGUAACAGUGUAGUAUCCUGGUUGGCAAUACAAACCAGAAAUACAAUUCUGACAGCAUGUAACAAAUAACUUCAUUUCUCUUUCCUUCUAUCUUUCUGUCUGCCGUUUACAAUGGCCGAACCAAUGCCCCUCCAUGCCUUCUCUCAAAGAAACAGUUUGAUAUUUUAGCAAAUAUUCUUGUUCGCUUUCUUGCCAAUAGUUAGACAAGAAGAUUGAUACUAUUUUAAUGCUUGGAAAAAGAAACAACGAACAAAAGAAGAAAAGCUGUGGCUUGCGAAUGUGGAGCCACAGCUAGGUGACAGUUAGCUUAGUUUGGCAUAAAGACUGGAAACUGUGAAUCUGGCUCCGCCCCAAGGUUAAAAGAAUCAACAUACCCCUACUGUAUAAGGCUUAUUAAUCUCUUUUUUGUUCAAUCUGUGCAAAAAUGGAAGUGUAAAAAUGACAUGUCGCAGUUUUAUGGUUAAAUGCUUCCUAGGUGAAAACCACAACUUGUCAUUUUGACACUUUAAUUUUUGUAUGAAUUAAACAAAUAAGCUAUAAUGUGUUAAUUAGUGGUAUUUGGAAGUGUUUGUAAUUAGACAUUUUACCUGUGAACACAGCUAGGCUAGCUGUUUCCCCUUGUGUCCAGUC